ACAGGGAUGACCAGAGACUGCGGACACAGUACAGGGAUGACCAGAGACUGCGGACACAGUACAGGAGAUGACCAGAGACUGUGGACAGCACUGGGAUGACUGCUGACCUUUGGGGAGGGAGGGGGAGCGGGUACCUGAAUUUGACAGUACAGGGAUGACCAGAGACUGCGGACACAGUACACAAAGAGCACUGCUUCUUGUGCAUGCGCAAUUGGGACCCGGCUGUCACGCACACUACAGCCGGGAAGACAACGCGCCGCUGGAUUCUCCUGGCGUGCCCACAGAUAAGGCUCGGCGUGCC